AUGCUCAAGUAUCCUGAUGAUCCUCUUGUUCUUCGACCUCAAGUCGGUGGAGAUCUGCUGCGUCACCGUUCUUCUACCGGUCUCUGCAGGCCACGCAGCUUUAUCCUCCGUCUGAUGCUCAUUUGCGUCAUCUUGGCCACAAUUUCUGGUUGCAUCAUUAUUAUCUUCACUCUACGUCACUCGAAUGCCUGGCCAUGGCACCGCCAUACCUACCGUAGCAUGUCUGCUGCUGGAUUUUGCCGUGCACUCACACCUUUCCCUGGGCUGGAUGUGGAGGAACGUUUUCUCUACGAGCCCAACGCCAUCACAAUCAGCCACGGUUCUGUUGCUGAUUUUCCGUCCGUCCUCAUUUUUCAUCUGUUGCGCGACGCUAUAACAGUGAUGCGAACUCGAGGAACCUGUUACGUAUAUCCUCUCACCAGGGAAGUCUCUGACGCCGUACCUGUUGACGAAACUGUAUUCGAACGCAUCAAGGUGCAUUUCCUAUUUCUUCUUUACAUUAGCAAAGGUUAUGAUGCUUUGUGA